AUGAAUAUUCAUUAGAAAUUAAGAUCUGCAUCAAAUGAGUUUCUAAGAAAUAUCAAAAUAAAUGAUAACUAAUAAUCUUUUAUAAUUGGAGUUGUUUGUGGAUAUUUUAUAUAACAUAAAUAAGAUAGUUUAAUAUCAACAUUGAUUGAUUAGAUUAAAGCUAUUCAAGAAAUGAUUACUAAUAGAUUAGUUAAUGUGAAGCAUUUUGAUGAUAUGGUACAAUCUUUAAUAAACAAUCUUGAAAAACCCUAAAAUUAUGAUUUUUAAUAAGGUGGAGGUACACCAAUAUUAAAUGAAGAUUAUAAUUAAUAAAAAUAUUCAAUGGAUGAUCCGAAUGAAGAAGCUACACUUGCAUUAAUAAAGUAAUUAUAAGAGGAAGAUAAAUAAUAAGCUUAGAAAAAAUAAAUAGAAGUUGAAUAGGUAGAUUGUCCAAUUUGUUUUUCUAAUUUGAUGGAGGAAGAUGUAAUGCCUUUAGAAUCAUGCAUUCAUAUUUUUCAUAUAAAUUGUCUUAAAGAAUUAUUAUUAUAGGGUAUAAAUGAAAAGAGGAAAUAAAUAACUUGUCCAGAAUAAAAGUGUGGAAAAGAGAUCGCUAUAAAUGAUAUAUCACAUAUUGUUGGAAAAGAUAAAAAAGAAGAGUUUCUUAAUUAUACACUUAAUAAAUUUGUUGAUGAUCAUGCAACAGAUAUGUCUUGGUGUCCAACUCCUGAUUGUCAAUAUGCUUUUGUUUUAGGAGAUGAAGAUGAUAAUAAUCAUUUUGAUUGUCCUUUAUGCAAAAAAUAAUAUUGUUUAAAUUGUCGAGUUAUUUUUCAUAAAGGAUAAACUUGUAAAGAGUAUUAAAUUACAAACACUAGAGAUUAAAAUGAUGUAAAGUUUGAAAAGUUUGUUAAAGGUCAUAAAUUUAAAAUGUGUACAAAAUGUAAAUUUUGGGUUGAAAAAAAUUAAGGAUGUAAUCAUAUGACUUGUCGAUGUGGUUAUGAAUUUUGUUAUGUUUGUGGAGGUAAAUACUUAUAAUGUGAAUGUGUUGAAAAAUAAAAAUAAUAAUAAUAAGAAUUUAUACGAUAAUAAUAACUUCGCAUUUAAGAGUAAAGAUAAUUGAAAAAAUAAUCAAAAAAAUCUGGAAAAGGUAGAAGAUGA